UCACAGUACAAAAGAAGAAAAAAAGAAAGAAAAAAACCUUCCUUAACCCUCAAACCCUACUCUUUUGGUUUACAAAAUGGGUCGACCAGAUCAAAGUCCGAGUCCGAGAAUGAACAAUAACUACAAUCCAGUGUUUCAUGCACAACCCGCACCUGAACCACCGGCACCAGUUUACGAAAAGCAUAUGGUCAAAACCGAGCAGAGAUAUCCCAACAAUGGUGGAAUGGUUAACCAACCGACUGGUGUACCGAAUAUGGGCAGACCGGCUCAACCUACGUAUAUCAAUACAACAGGUCACCAACCUUAUGUAGUACAAAUGCCUCCACCGGUCAUUAACAACCAGAAUUGGACUUCAGGGCUCUUUGAUUGCAUGAACGAUGGCGAAAAUGCAAUCAUCACAUGUUUCUUCCCAUUCGUCACGUUCGGACAGAUCGCAGAGGUUACCGAUGAAGGCGCCACAAGUUGUGGAACGGCUGGAAUGUUGUACGGAUUGAUAUGUUGUCUAUUUGGGAUACCAUGUGUUUACACAUGCACAUAUAGGGCCAAGCUCCGAAACAAAUUUGGGUUACCGGAUGCUCCAGCUCCAGAUUGGAUCACUCAUUGCUUCUGUGAAUAUUGUGCACUUUGCCAAGAAUAUCGUGAGCUCAACAAUCGUGGACUUGAUCCUUCCAUUGGAUGGAGUGGGAAUGUGCAAAGGCAGCGAAUGGCUCAGCAACAAGAGAUGAUGGCUCCUCCCAUGGGUCAACAAAUGAUGGGUUGACUUAAAUGAAUUUUAUCAUACCAAAAUGAUAUAUUAAAUAAUAUUGCUAUUUGUUUCUUUUUUGUAUUUAUAUAUUUUACUACCAUCUACCAACAAAUAAAUGUCAACAAGGCUUCGUUUUCGUGGGUGGGCAUGAUCUUAUCUUUGCUACAAUUUCUUAAAAUUAUCAUAUUAGUGUAAUAGUGUGAAUCCACUUGGUAUUCUUUUGAUAUUUUUACUUAUAUUAUAUUUAACUUGUAA